UUUUUUUUGAUGGAUAAAGCGUCUAUUUGAAUUUUUAAGAAAAUUCAUAUUUGGAAUUAGUAGAAGUUUUAAAGAAGAAAAAUCUAGUUAAUUUGAGGAUAAAAAAAUAUGAUUUGAAAAAGCAUUAAAAAAAAUUUAUAACUAAUUAAACUUCGAUUUUUUCAUAUUUAAUGUUAUUAAAUGCAGCUUCCUCUAGAUCUAGAAUAGACUUAUCACAGUUUCCGAUAUUCCCUUGGAUAAUAAAUAACUAUGAGCAAGAAGAUGGCUUUAAAAAAUACAGAGAUUUGAGUAAACCAAUAGGACUUUUAGGCAGUAAAGAUCGUAUAAACAUUUACAUAGAGCGUUUUUAGUCAUGUGAUACUUUCCAAAAUAUCCCUCCUUUUCACUACGGAUCUCAUUAUUCUUCCCCAGCAAUCAUACUAUAAUACAUGCUAAGGAUAUAGCCAUUUACAAACGGGGCAAAGAUACUUUAAGGAGGUAAAUUUGAUAUUGCUGACCGAAUUUUUUUCAGUAUAAAAGAUUCUUUCAAAUGCGCUAUGGAGGAAGUAUCUGAUAUACGUGAAUUAAUUCCAGAGUUUUUUUAUUUUCCAGAAAUGCUAAUAAAUAUAAACCAACAAGAGUUUGGUACAACCUAAUCUGGGCUUUAAGUAAACCACGUAAUAAUGCCUAUAUGGGCUUAAAAAAAUCCGUAUAAAUUCAUUGUUUUAAACAGGAAAGGUAUAGAAUCGUCUUUUCAGUAAAUCCAUAUGUGGAUUGAUCUUAUUUUCGGAUAUAAAUAACAAGGAAAAGAGGCUGUCAAAAAUAUGAAUAUUUUCUAUUAUUUGACUUAUGAAAAUAAUAUUAAUUAAAUUUCAUUCCAAGAUGAAAAAUAAAGACUUUCAGUUGAAACUUAAAUUGUUAAUUUCGGAUAAACACCAAUUUAGCUUUUUUAAGAUUCACAGCACCCUUAAAGGAUUAAAUUUUUAACUAAUUUUCCGAAAAUUACAGAUAUUAAUGCCAAUAUUAAGGUCUUUAAACCAGUUUCAAAUAAAAACUUUCCAAAUAAUGGUCUUUAAAUAUUUAAUUUUCUUCCUUAGGCGGGUUAUAAUGUGCCUUUUUAAUGCGGGGAGGAAAAAAGAAAAAAAAUUACCUUUAAAAAUAUUGAUUUUUCUAUUAAAUAUAUGUGUUUUCCUGCUGUUUUUAUUUCAAAUUCUAAAGUAAAAAAUAAUAUAUUUUUUUGUUUUUUUUUAAAUUAAAAAUAUUAAAAGUACAUUGUUUUUGGAGGAUAAUGGAAAGGUUAUUUAAGUAUAAUUAAUACCGAAAAUAAUAAAGAAAUAUAAACAAUUAAAAAACAUAGAAGUACUAUUAGUUGCAUUGCAGUAUAAGAAAUCGAAUAAAUAAUAAUAACAGGUUCUUCUGAUGGUUAAGUGAUAGUUUGGUAAAUAGAGGAUUAAAAUAAAUUGAUAUUAAAGUAAGAAAUUUUUGAUUAAGAUAAAUAAAUACAUAGUAUUUGUAUUUCUAGGAUUUUGAGAAUAUUUCUAACAGCAAGCGAAAAUGGAUCUAUAAAUAUUUAUAAUUUAUAUAAUUAUUGUUUUAUAGAACUAUAAAUCAUCCCUAAGGUUCCCCUAUAUAGAGUUUAAGUGUAAGUAUUUCUCCUUUAAUUUGUGUAGUCUUUUUUUCUUAAUAGGAUUAAGUUUUAUAUUCUUAUAGUAUUAAUGGAUAAUUAUUGGCUAAGUUUAAAGAAAAAUAUAUGUAAGUUACACAUUUUAGGAUUAUUUAAGAUUCAGAUUUUAGUUAAAUUCUUAUACUUAGUAAUGAAAAGGGAGAAGUUUAAAUUAGAGAAUUACCAUUUUUGGAAUUGA